AUUUGGCUCACGAAAAGUAAUGGUAAUUGUUGUACAGUUUGCCAGAUCUGUUUCUUUAUGUUUGCAUCAUUGAAUCCAGUUUUUCAUGCUUGUGUGUACCCUUGAACUUGUAUGAAUAAUUUAGCCGUCUAUUUACAUUUGCUAACCCAAAUUUCGCGAAUUUCGCUACAAUUUCCUCAAUUUUUUUAAUGCCGUUGGAUGGAUUGCGAUAUAAAAUUGCUGCGGUGUCCAUAAUAAUCCACACACACACUAUGCAUACAUAUCAGAUACGUAUUAUAAAACUAGCCUCUUCCACAAUUUUCUCACGGAUAAACUAGCCAGUGCCAGUAAUGAAUUGCUGUCAUUAAAAUUCUUUACACUUUGUGAAAAAUGAAUAUCCCACAAAUACAUAUGAUAUUUAUGCAGAUAUAGCAUACUAACUCACACACACCGUAAUAUAACAUCGUCAUAAAAAUCUACUUAUUUAUAUAACAAAAGAUUGUCCAUUUCUCUGCAUUCUUUGUGGCUGCAUUUCACAUCUUAUUAUAUAUUCUAGAACCAAUUUUUUCCGUUUCUUUUGUGAUGGGGUAACUUUUCUAAUGAUAAAUUGAGGAUGUGUGUACCAUCAUUUCUUGUCCUUGAUUAACCAUCAUUAAACAAAUACUAACUCUUGGCCAGCACUGUUUGUUAACCGUACAUAGAUACAUACCUGCUGCAUGCAUACUACACAUAUUUGUUAUGCAGUCCCAUUUCCGAUAAAAAGAUAACAGCUAAUUAUUACAUAAAACGACUCUCCAUCAAGUGCACAGUAUGAGUUCUUCACACAGUUUGGAAACCUGGAGCUGAGACAAUGUCACCAGUAGUCUUAUUAAUAUCGGUUCUGUUCAUUUUCGUCCCAAUUUUGGCCAAUCGUCACCUAAGUAAACGUGGGGUUCUGGAGCUGGGCCUGCUAAUUGAGACGCACACGCAUCACCCCGCCACGAAAUUUAUUGACUAUGGGAACUGGUGCGGCUUGGGGGGUGACCGAGCUUGGGACGGCUCCGUGAAAGAUGGCUGCGACUCUUGUUGCAAAAAUCAUGACGACUGUUAUUCCCAGCUACUUUAUAGGACGAGGGAAUUCCAUUUUAUUCACUUGAAGGCACCACGCCGUGGACUGAACUUGCUGUCAAGGGCGUGUCGUCCCCAUACUGAUGGGUAUUCAAUCCUGCCAGCCGUGGCGACCAGGAGUUCGGAAUAUCAUCCCACGCUGUCCUGCUCCCUGGAAAAACGUUUCUGCUCAAGACGGGCAUGCAUUUGCGACAUCUUGUUGGUUUAUUGCCUUCAAAAGUUGGAUCAAUGUUCACCAGCAGAACGGCAAGAGUAGAAUUAUUCAAUUAAUGAAGAACGAUAUGCAAUAAAUAAUUGACUGAUAAUAAAGAACACUAAAUAAUUGUCUCAUA